GUGAACUGGAUGGACGCGGAGGUAUACCAAAACAUUCGAAUAUAUAAAGAUAUUUGCGGGGUUGUCUUGAUCUUGAACGCGAUGAGUUGUUGAGAAAAGUGCAUUUGGGCUGGGGUUUUCUUCAUGCAAGCUUUCUGAGUAACCAUCUCAAUGCAGUGAGCCCUGGCAUCUUUUUCACACACCAGAGCACAGAUAAGCAUGAGAAGAAUGUGGACAUCCAGCAAGGCCCUGGUGACUCUAUUCAUACUGGCGGCCUGCCUACUGCCGUCCAGCCGCCAAACUUCGCGGAAGACGAGCGCAGUGAUCGACAUCCACGACCCAAAGGAGUUCAAGAAGCUGCUGAAGACCACGCCAAACGUGCUGUGCUUGUUUGUCAAGAAUGGCAACAUCAACAAGGAGCUGAAGCGCGUGGUGAGCCUGACGGCUGAGCAGGUGCGCGGCGUCGGAUCCGUCGUCUACAUCGACUGCAGCGGUGAUGGCCGCAAGAUCUGCAAGAAGUAUAAGGUGGCGCCGGAGCCGAGCGUGCUCAAGCACUACAAGGACGGCGCCUUCCACAAGGACUACGACCGCAAGCUGACGCUGACGUCGAUGGUGAACUUCAUGCGCGACCCGGCUGGCGACCUGCCCUGGGAGGAGGACGCCACGGCCGAGGACGUGGUCCACCUCAGCAACGCCCAGGCGAUGGCGCAGCUGUUGAAGAAGGAGGACCGGGUGUUGGUGAUGUUUUACGCGCCUUGGUGUGGCUUCUGCAAACGGAUCAAGCCGGAGUACGCGUCGGCGGCUACCGAAGUGAAGGAGCAGCAUCACGUCAUGGCCGCUAUCGACGUCAAUCAGCCGGACAACUACGGUGUCCGCACGCGCUACAACAUCACCGGCUUUCCCACGCUGCUGUACUUCGUGAGGGGCAACGUCAAGUACACGUACGACGGCGAGUACACCAAGGACGGCCUGGUCAAAUUCAUGGAAAGCCCGGGUCAGGCGGCGCCCAAGCCCAAGGAGGAGGCCUGGGCUGAUACGCCGAGCGACGUGGUCCACCUCACCGACGCCACUUUCGACGAGUAUCUCAAGGGCCACCCAUCGGUGCUGGUGAUGUUUUAUGCGCCCUGGUGCGGCCACUGUAAGCGCAUGAAGCCGCAGUACCAGGAGGCGGCCACCGCGCUGAAACAGAAGGCCGGCGGAGGCGUGCUGGCUGCCGUCGACGCCACGGAGGAGAAGGCGAUCGGCGGCCGCUUCGACAUCAAAGGCUACCCGACCGUCAAGUACUUCCGCGACGGCGAGUUCGCGUUCGACGUGAGCGUGCGCGACAAGGACAAGAUCUUGGAGUUCAUGGCGGACCCGCAGGAGCCGCCGCCACCGCCUCCGCCCGAGAAGGCCUGGGCCGAGGAGGCCUCCGACGUGCACCACCUGACCGAGGAGUCGUUCAAGGCCUUCCUCAAGAAGAAGAAGCACGUGCUCGUCAUGUUCUAUGCGCCGUGGUGCGGUCACUGCAAGAAGGCCAAGCCCGAGUUUCAGGCAGCGGCGGCCGAGUUCACCGACGAUCCCAAGGUGGAGUUCGCCGCCGUCGACUGCACUGUCGAGACGGGCAUCUGCAACGCCAACGACGUCAAGGGCUACCCCACCCUCAAGUACUACAACUACUACAAAACCGCCAAGGCGUACGAGGGCGGGCGGACGAAGACGGACUUUAUCAAGUUCAUGCGGGACCCGAGUAACCCGCUGUCGGCGUCGCCGCCGGCGCCGGCGCCCGAGGAGGAGUGGGGAGGGCUGCCGGGCGCCGAGCGGCUGCGGCACCUCACCGACGACAGCUUCGACGCGACCGCGAGACAGGCCGACAACAUGCUAGUCAUGUUCUACGCGCCGUGGUGCGGCCACUGCAAGCGCAUGAAGCCGGCGUACGCGGAGGCGGCGGCCAAGCUGGCCGAGGCCGGCGUGCCCGGCGUGCUGGCAACGGUGGACGCUACCGUGCAGCGGGGCCUGCACAACAGGUUCGACGUGCGCGGCUUCCCGACGCUGAAACACUUCCGACACGGCAAGUUUGUGUCUGACUACACAGGGGAGCGGACUACGGAGGCGUUGGUGGCGCACAUGCGCGCGCCACCCACCGCCGCCAAGACGGAGCUUUGACCGCACGCCGACGCCGACCCGGCGACAUUUUGCGCCGCUGGCCGCUAGGGGCGCUGUCUUCGCCUCCGAGGAGACUGCAGCUCAUGAUAUUUGCUUAACGCUAAUGCUCUCGUGAAGAAAUUUAAUUCACACUGGGACGCUUUUUGUUGCGCCGCGUUUACACUGUGGCAUGUGGCGACGUUUGGCGUAAAGAUGUGGUCGGUGGCCGCGCCACCGUGUGUGGGGAUCAGCCGGAUACAAUAUAUACAUGCUGGUGCUACG